GGAAAAUUAAGAUGAUAAGUGAACGUUGAAUAUACAUAAUGUAGUUCAUAUAUCACCUGGGUGCUGAUGAAUUAGGCCUAUAUUGAGUGAAGAGUUCCAUACACCAUGGCGCAAGAAAAUACUGGCGAGCGGGCAAAGCUCUUAGCUAUUCUCCCCUUUCCGGAGCCAGACGGGUUCAUUUCUCGCAUCGAGAGUAGACACCCGUGGCUGAAAGUUGUCUGGGUGCAUCAAUCCUAUGGGAUCACGACUUGGGAUGCAAACGAAAAGAUUGACGAAGGAUUGUUUAAAGAUGCCACAAUACUCACAACAUUAUCUGCCAUACCAAAACCACACCUAGCCCCCGCGCUGAAAUUCAUCCAACUAUUGCCAGCCGGAGUCGACCAUCUUCUCGCCGAGCCUAUCUUCCAAAAAGAAGACGUUCAAAUCGCGACCACUUCCGGUAUUCACGCACCGCAAAUUGCAGAAUGGGUUAUCUUGCAGAUCCUUGCCUUCGCUCACCACUUCCGCUACUUGAGUGCACGACAAGAUGAGGGCCGUUGGGUAUCUCACGGUGAACUAAAAAGUACUGCGGGCCCUGUAAGAGACAUGACUAGCAACCGGGUGGGGAUCUUGGGAUAUGGGAGUAUUGGAAGACAGAUAGCUCGUGUCUGUCAUAGCAUGGGUGCUCAAAUACUCGCUUUUACGGCGUCCCCGCGGCCGACUCCAGAGAGCAGAUACGAUUCUGGUUUCUGUUUACCGGGAACGGGGGAUCAAGAAGGUCGAUUGCCGGUUGCGUGGUUUGACGGUCUUGAUAAAGCUUCUAUUCACAACUUCCUUCGCCAGGAUUUAGACGUGUUAGUAGCAUGUCUGCCAUUAACAGAGAAAUCUAGGCAUUUAAUCGGCGAAGAGGAGUUAGAAGUUCUCGGUGAACGCGGUAGCAAUGGUUUAGGGUCGGGAACACUUCUGAUUAAUGUUGCGCGGGGCCAGAUUAUUGACCAAGCGGCGUUGAUCGAGAGCCUGAAGAAGCCGGUAGUUUCUGGUGGACUGCGGGGUGCUGCAUUGGAUGUGACGGACCCAGAACCGCUACCAAGGGGUAACGAGCUCUGGUCUCUCCCUAAUGUGGUCGUUAAUCCCCACGUAAGCGGGUUGACCGAUCAGCAUGAGAAACGCUAUUUAGCUGUACUAGAGAAGAAUUUAGCACGAUGGGAAAAGGGUGAGCCGCUACUAAAUUUGGUGAAUAAAAAGAAGGGCUAUUGAAAUGUACCUAGGUACCUAGAAUAUGUAUUAAACCUGCUGUAAACAUGAAUUUAUGGAUUUGGAGAACGC